AUGCCCUUCUCAAACAUGUUUGUCUUACGAAACAGAUCUUGUUUUAGAGCUCCCGAUCAUGUGAUCGAUGAAGUCAAGUCUGUAACACAGCACCUGGAGAUCAGUAAAUCUGGUAAUGUCUACACCAUUAAGACGGUCUCUCCCAACCAGACCCGGGAAAUACAAUUUGAAUUGGGAAAGGAGUUCGACGCGCAGACACUUACCGGUGCUAAACCCUCAGUUGUAGUUUUGGAGGGCAAUCGACUCAUACAGACAGUGAAAGGGGAAAGGGAGAUUACAAUUGUGCGCGAGUUUAACGGUAAUGAACUCCGGGUGACCACCACUUCGGGACCAGUAGUAGCGGUGCGCACCUAUACUCGACAGUAG